AUGUCGCGCGUGGAGGAGCGAACGGCCCGGGCUGACGGGAGCUACUGGCCCUUUAAAUCGCCUCCCGUGGGCGUGCCCAAGCUCGCGGCCCCGCUGUUGGCCGCGCCCCCGCCGCGCCCCCGCCGCAUCCUGCGAACCGGCCAAUGGGAGCCGCGCCCGGGCGGAGCCCCCGCCGCUGAUUGGGGCGUGCGGGCCGCCGGGCACCUGGCGUCGCACCUGGCGCUGCGGGGCCGGGAGCUGGCGCAGCGCGGGCUGGGCGCCGUGCUGGGCUGCGGGCAGGCGCUGGGCCGGCAGCUGUGCGAGGCGCUGGCCAUCGGCACCAGCCUGCUGAUGUACCUGGUCAACAGCCUGGUGAACGUGUGCCUCAUCGGCACGCAGAACCUCUUCACGCUGCUCGCCGCGCUCUGGGACUCGCUGGUGGGGCCCGUGGUUCGGGCCACUGACCUGCUGGCCGCCUUCCUGGCGCACGUGUCCAGCGGUGCCAUCGCCGUGUCCAUCCUGCUGUGGUCGCCCUGCCAGAUGGCCUUCGAGCUGCUCUGCUCCGCCGCCGACCUCUUCAUCAGCGUCUUCUUCGUCAACGUGUACGGCCUGGGCCUGCUGCUGCUCAUCGUGGCGGUCAGCGCCGUCCUGUUCAACCCCGGGCUGCUGUGGACGCUGACGGGAGACCUGCUGGGCUACUUCCACUCGCUGCCCUCCUUCCGCCGCCUGCAGCGCGACCUGUGGCGCCUCUACCAGGUGGCCGUGCUGACCCUGGGCGUGGCCAUGACCUCGCAGCCCUGGCGCAGGCUGGUGGACUGGAUCCUGCAGGUGACCGACUGGAGCCUGCAGGUGACCAACUGGAGCCGGGGGGGCAGGAUGGUGAACCAGGGCAGUGAGCAGCGACGGGCUGCGGCUGCCCCCAGAGCCCCGGCCAGCGUGGCCCCGGCUGGGCAGGAGGAGCAGCCCGGUGCAGAGCAGGGGCCACAGCCCCGUCCUGCUCUGAGCCGUGCUGGGCCAGGGCAGCGGCCCCAGACAGCCAGGGAGGAACCGGGCACGUCCUGGAGGAAAGCCCCAAAGAAGCAGCAGCUGAACGCUGAGGGAACCCCUGACAACGACCCCUGGGUGCUGCUGAAAGAGCAAGAGGAGCGUAAGAAAUGUGUCAUCUGCCAGGACCAGACCAAGACAGUGCUGCUGCUGCCCUGCAGGCACCUGUGCCUGUGCCAGGAGUGCACAGAGGUGCUGCUGCAGCAGGACAUCUACCAGCGCAACUGCCCCCUGUGCCGCCAGGUGAUCCUGCAGACCCUCAACGUCUACCUGUGAGCCCACGGGGGGCUUGGGAUGUUUUCCCAGGAGAUGAGGGGCACCCCUGUCUGCACUUCCCAGAGCUGCCAGGAGCAGCUUCCAAAGAACUGUGGAUGGUGCUGGAAGGGCAGAACGCUGUGGGGUGUCUGCUGCUCACAUUUGCUGCCUGACUAGGUUGUAGCUCUUGCUAGCAAGCACAGUACUGAUCUCUGCAGCAAGCUGGAAGAGUUACCUGGUUUUUUGUUGACAACUUUUGCUCUUUCAGGCCUGUUGUGUUGAGCCUAGAGCAGCCUGAGAUCCAAAGCAGAGUGCAGAAAAGUGCUCUGGUCUCUCCUAGCCAAAGCUGAUUGAAAGGUUGAAGGCUGUGCCCUCCCGGCUGUCACAGGGGGUGGGGCAAAGCAGGGGACAUUUUUUCCCCAAGGUCUCACUAGAAGAUUACCUGGCAGGCUGCAUCCAGGCUUGUUUCCUCCUCCCACCAUCAAAGUGGAGGAGCUCUGUGGGAAAAGGGAA